GGCGGGGGAAAGAGCCUGCCUCCUCUGGGGAUCCUGGCCUUCAUUCCAUUGCUGGGCAGGGAAGUCAGAAAGAGCUUGGCUUCAGCAGAUGAAACAUCACAGCUUCGAGGAGGGGAACAUCUGUGGGCACUAGAGCCAUGUCACUCUUGAAGAACUUUCUGGGGUACAACCAGCUAUCAGUCACCGCAGGCCAAGAAGCACCACAGGACAGCAAUGACCAAGAGGCAGGGCAACCCUCCAGUGAUGGCACCCAGGAUCUGCCCGCCAGGAAUGCCCGCAAGUUCUUCUUUCGCAGGCUCUGAGCGGUUGGUAGACAUGUGAGCACCAGAGCCAUGUCACUCCUGAAGAGCUUCUGGAGGUUCAAGCAACCUGAGCCCAUCCAAGACCCCAAUGUUCAACCAUGCACUACAGCACCUCAGCAGAAUGACAACGAGGAGGACAGGCCACCGUCAAGCUAUAGCACUCAGGAUCUUCUCCCCAAUACCUUGGCUGACAGGAAUGUCCGCAAGACCUUCAUUCUCAGGGUGUGUUUGCUUCUGGGUGUCCAGUUCCUUUUGAUUUUUUCCUUUGCGGUUGGCUUCCUUUUUGUGGGCGAUAUUGUUGAAUUUGCGCAGCGCCAUUCCCGGACCUUCUUUGCCCUCAUUAUUGUCUCUAGCAGCUCUUCACUGACCCUCCUGGUCUUUCAGCAUAUCCGGCGCACGUUUCCAUGGAACCUCAUUUUUCUGUCCCUCGAGACCCUGAGCUUCACCCCCUUUGCAGGACUGCUCAUUGCCCACUUCAGGACAGACUUCAGCUGGAUUUCUCUGAGCAUCACUACUGCCAUUUGCAUUGCGGUCACUAUCUUCUCCAUAAAGACCACGUGCGACCUCACCGUAUAUGCUAGGGUGCAGACUGCCUGUGUGGUAGUCUUCUCCUUGCUCCUCAUCCCUGCCGUUAUCCUCCAGAGAGAAAUUCUGGAUAUGGUCCUUGCCUUCAUUGCAAUCCCUCUCUUCACCUGGACCAUAGCUUUGAACAUUCAGAUGAUUCUGGGGAACAAGAAGAGGACCUUCACUCCGGCUGACUAUAUCUGGGCAGACUUACUCCUGCAUCGCUACAUUUUUAUUUUAUUUUUUUGCUUCUCCCUGAUCAUUCUCUGGCUUGGAGACUGGGACAUCCCUCUUAUCUCCUUAUCCACCCAAAAUUGAGUUCUUUCUUAAGAAGCCCUGUCUCUCCUCCUCCUCCUCCUCCUCCUCCUCCUCCUCUUUCAGGUCUUUGUUCUUUUCCUUCAUUUCUUCAUUUCUUAUGUUCCUUCAUUUUUGUGUCCCUGGGGGUCCAAAUUUUCCUACACCUCAUCUUACGCUUUUAGGGGCCAGGCAACAAAUUAGGGGUCAUGGCAGCAAAUCAGUUAAUCCUAUGGGGAUGCUGAGAGGGGUGGGGUGCUCUUUUCCCCAUUGUCAGCAGCAUGUGGAGAUUGCACAGUGCUCAAAAGACAAAGGUUUCUUUGCCCCAAACAAGCAGGAAGGGGGAGGCCAUCUAGACCCUCUUCUUUACUUCUCUCACCCUAUAUGCCAAAGCUAUUCUGGUCCUCUGGUCACACAAAUACAUGGUUUUUCUCCUCUCUUGGCUGGGAGUGAGCUUCCCCACUCACUUCUUGCCUAAUUUUCUACCCGCCCCCUGCCUACUACCCACCCCGGUUUUGUGCUCCUGUUUGCACACCAAUACAACACUAAAGGGAGACCACCAAACUGCUGACUAAAAAAACCUACAACAGCGACAGACCUGCUACACCAUGAGACUGACAUCAUGACAACAACUGCAAAGGAAGCCAAGAAAACCAGCAGGAAAGGAAAUAACACUAAAGACAACCAGUAGCCUGUAGCCACACAAGCCUAGGAAGACGGCACAAGGCAGCGAAAAACCAGCCCGCAUUACAUGCAAAUUCCAAAGAGGCAAAGCAAUUCCAGAAACCCACAUUUCAG